CCUGCUCCCCUGCUGCUAAUUGGUCGGUUCUGCGGUCCCUUCGGAUUAGCUGCGGGUUUCGGGUUCCGACGAAUCGCGGGCGAGUUUGUUGUGGAGUGUCCGAGAAGAUGGCGGCGGUGAGCGGGAGGCUGCUGCUGAGCUCCAGAGGGUGGUUUCCAUUCCAAUUUUUUGUGCGCCAUGGAUCUAAAGCAGUUACACGCCACCGCAAGCCCAUGCACAUACUGCGUCAGAAGCUAUUGGCUGUCACGGAAUAUAUCCCACCAAAGCCUGCCAUCCCGGAAAGAUGCAUCAGACCCAGGCAGCAGGAAGUUCAGGAGCCAUCUACCUUAGAGAAACUGAUACGGCGUGAUGUGGAAAUGGCAUUCAGAGAGAAUAAAAUGAUUGCAGUUUUCCAGAACAACUCCAUCAAUUCCGAGGAGCUGAGGCUUCUUCGACAUCGAUUGCUAAAACACAAUAUUCGCAUGAAAUUUUUCCCUAAUCAGGUCCUGCGAUCAUAUCUAACAGACACCAAGUACAAGAACCUGCUGCCUUUGUUUAUUGGUCACAAUAUCAUUAUUGUGAGUAAGGAACCCAAAACAAAAGAGCUGCUCCAGAUUGUGCGCAGUACAACUCAGAUCACCUUACUAGGUGCUUGUAUUGAAAAUGCCCUCUUUAGCAGACAGGGAGUGGUUAAAUAUUCCAGGCUCCCAGGACUGCAGGUCAUUCGUGGGGAGGUUGUAAGUGGGCUGACUCAGAUGACAUCACAGACAUAUCAGCUCCUGAACAACGGCCCUGUGCUCCUCACUACUUUGCUGGAGCAAUACUUGAAACAACAGAGUGAAGCUGCUACUGGACAGGAAGAUUCAACAAAGGUGGAGCUGAAGGAAGCCGAGAGAAGCCAAGGAUCUUAGUGCUCACAGAGCAUACGGACUAAAAGCAAAGUUUGUAUCUCAAAGCUGCAAUACUAAUAAUUAAUACUAAAUAUUCAUUCUUAUCUUCCAUCUGCAUAUGUUCAUUUUGUAGGGUUAAAACGUGGAUUGAAGCGGAAAUAAAUACAAACAUUUGUUUGCGCUCAGAUGUAAAGAACUAUUGAAUUAUUGGGGGAUGCAACAGUAUUGUGGCUCCCAUCUUCCUCUUCUAAAAUGCAGUUUUUGCCUUCUAUAUCACUGUAAAUGGCCUGAUCUGUAAGAUUAUAAAUUAAAGCAAAUAUAUGAACACAUUAUAACACACUAAUUUAAAACUGAGUUUUAUCUUCCAUCUCUAUAUGUUCAUUUUGCAGGGAUCGUUUGAUCAGUUGUAUAUUCCAGCUCAAUGAGGACCAAUUGUGAAAUAUGGCCCAAUGUUUGUGAUUAAUGACUACAGUUUCAGAGUGUUAGCUAAAGGUGGAAAAACAACGCUGGAUAUGUGAAAGAGUCGGAAAUGCACAUCAACAUUCAAACUAGAAAGAAUGUUGCUGUUUUGGGUUCUCUAAAGGAAUAUUCUUUAUUUUUGGAGUUUAUAUUUGUGUGCACAUCUAGCAUUUUCUGCUUCUACCUUUUAUGUAUGAUCCGUGGGUGUUGGUGAGCAGCCUGCCAUAAUAGUGAUUAAGCAACUGUACCAUUCUAUUACAUCAGAAUCAGGUUUAUUAUCACUGACAUAUGUCGUCUUGUGGCAGCAGAAUCGUCUAUUACUAUUAAAUGUCUCGUGGGCUGUGGCUGCAUUCCAUGAUGGGUGUAAAUUGACGGAUGUCAAAAUUUUGGAAAUAGACUUUGAUAUGAACAGUACACAAAGUGCUGGAGGAACUCAGCAGGUCAGGCAGCAUCCAUGGAAAGAAACAGUCGACGUUUUGGGGCGAGACCCUUCAUCAGGACCAAUGCUGAACAAAUUGCUUAAAGCACUAUGCAAAAUGACUAAUAGUGCACUUCAUAAAACAAGAUUCUAUUAUGUACAGUAGUACAGUGGACUCUUUUGUUCAUUGGUUUUGCCAAUCAAAAUGUGGGUGGAUGCUUAAUUUUCCAUGCUCUCUGUUACUGAUGUGGAGUUGCUGUAAUUGAGCUAGAGAGAGGAUAAAUAAGGCAUGCAGUUCCUGUUAUUAAUACCCAUGCAAGUGUACACAAGUGGACAUUGAAUAAAAGCAAUGAUCCACCUUCUGCUUGGCUUGUAUAAGAAUAAUGGGUAAAGCAUGUGAAACUUUGGGACCUGGGGGAAGAGCAGGAGGGAGGUAAAGGAAAUAAAUAGACAAAUCUCAAUCACUCUUUAAGGGCAUUGCUCCAGCAGUCAUACCAUUUGCAUGGAUUAAGUUGACAAAAUAAAUGUUUUUUUUGUG